CGCCGGGCCUCUGCCCGGCCCCGCCGCCUGCCGUCCCGCCCGCCGCGCCUCUGCCCAUCCUCGCCCCCAAACCCGGCAUUCGUUUUGUUUGGUUUUUAAAUAGCCCUCCCAGCAGACACCGUCCGGCAGACGGGCCUGGCCAGGGCGUCCGCGUUCCGGCUUUCAUUUUCAGGCUGCGCCGCGGGACUGGCGAUGCAACCUAGAGUAAGAAACUGACGGUCCCUCAGGUAGCUCGUCUCCAUCUCACUUGAAGCAUCGCCUGCUUGUUGGGUUGGAAGCCAGCAGAGAACCUGUGAGAAGAUACUCUGAGUGCAGCUGACAGCAGAGAUGUUCAUUGCUGGAAUCCAGAGAGUUUCAUAAGUGGCAGCCGCUUGCUGAAAGCCCCGCAGAUACAAAACAACACUUACUUAAAGUCUUGAGAAACAUCUCCUACUAAGUAGAAGAAAAAAGCAUUUAGGUGAAGCAAUAUUGCCAGUCUCAUUUGUUUACAAGGCAGAUCUCUCUCUCUUUUCUUCUUCUUCUUUUCUAAAAAUCUAGAACUUAUUUCACCUCUCUGUGUGCUGACAAGGUCAGAAAUGGAGCACACCGGGAUGGCUGUGCUGUGUGAAGUACUUAUACGGAGCAUUUGACCUUCUGAUCUCUACAGCUGAAUUUCCUGACACCAGGAUUGGGAAAGAGUGCCUUCAGAACCAACAUGUAGCAAAUGGGUAUUAUCAUACCUCCGAAGCUCCACCCUUGGUUCAACACUUGCUUGUCGUAAGGAUCCUUGUUGCCUCAGCAGUGAAUUGUUCUUGGGAACUUCAGAAACGGAUUUCAUGUGGUGGUUGCUAAAGAUUGAGUCACCAUGAGUAGUAACCUAGGAAAAGAAAAGGACUGUAAAGAGAAGGAUCCAAAAGUCCCAUCAUCAAAAGAAAGGGAGAAGGAGGCCAAAGCCUCUGGAGGAUUUGGGAAAGAUAGCAAAGAAAAGGAGCCUAAGACCAAAGGGAAAGAUGCCAAAGAUGGAAAGAAAGACUCCAGUAGCACGCAGCCUGGAGUAGCUUUUUCAGUGGACAAUACGAUAAAAAGACCUAAUCCGGCCACAGGUACCCGCAAAAAAUCCAGCAAUGCUGAGGUGAUCAAAGAGCUAAAUAAAUGCCGGGAAGAGAAUUCAAUGCGCUUGGACUUAUCCAAGAGGUCUAUACACAUGCUUCCAUCAGCUGUCAAAGAGCUAACGCAGUUAACAGAACUUUAUUUAUACAGUAACAAACUGCAGUCCCUCCCAGCAGAGGUGGGCUGUCUUGUGAACCUGAUGACACUGGCUCUGAGUGAAAACUCACUUACCAGUUUGCCUGACUCGCUUGAUAACUUGAAGAAGCUGCGCAUGCUUGACCUGCGGCAUAACAAGCUUCGAGAGAUCCCUUCCGUGGUGUACAGGCUGAGCUCUCUCGCCACUCUUUACCUACGCUUUAAUCGUAUAACUACUGUGGAGAAGGAUAUCAAAAACUUGUCAAAACUCACCAUGCUUAGCAUACGAGAGAACAAAAUCAAGCAACUACCUGCUGAAAUUGGUGAGUUGUGUAACCUCAUAACGCUGGAUGUAGCGCACAAUCAGCUUGAACAUCUUCCAGAAGAGAUUGGAAGCUGCACGCAGAUCACCAACCUUGACUUGCAGCACAAUGAGCUGUUGGACCUGCCAGAAACUAUAGGAAAUCUUUCAAGUCUAAGUCGUCUUGGCCUGAGGUACAAUAGGCUGUCAGCAAUUCCGAAGUCUUUAGCAAAAUGCAGUGAACUUGAUGAACUGAACCUGGAGAACAACAACAUUUCUACUUUACCAGAGGGUCUUUUAUCCAGCCUUGUCAAACUGACUAGUUUAACACUGGCCAGGAACUGCUUCCAGUCCUAUCCCGUGGGUGGCCCGUCCCAGUUCUCCACAAUCUACUCUCUCAAUAUGGAGCACAACCGCAUCAAUAAAAUCCCCUUUGGAAUUUUCUCUAGAGCUAAAGUAUUAAGUAAGCUGAACAUGAAGGACAAUCAGCUGACCUCUCUCCCCUUGGACUUCGGGACUUGGACUAGUAUGGUAGAACUGAACUUAGCAACUAAUCAGCUCACAAAAAUCCCUGAGGAUGUAUCUGGGCUUGUUUCUCUUGAGGUUCUUAUCUUGUCAAACAAUCUACUAAAGAAACUUCCCCAUGGAAUUGGAAAUCUACGGAAACUCCGAGAGUUAGAUCUAGAGGAAAACAAACUGGAAUCCUUGCCAAAUGAAAUAGCUUACCUCAAGGAUCUGCAGAAAUUGGUUCUGACUAAUAAUCAGCUGACCACCCUUCCUAGAGGUAUCGGUCACCUUACCAAUCUGACGCACCUUGGGCUCGGAGAGAACCUUCUCACACACCUUCCUGAGGAAAUUGGUACACUGGAGAAUCUGGAAGAACUGUAUUUGAAUGACAACCCCAAUCUGCACAGCCUUCCCUUUGAGCUGGCUCUUUGCAGCAAACUGUCAAUAAUGAGUAUUGAGAACUGCCCACUCAGCCACCUUCCACCUCAGAUUGUUGCAGGAGGACCCUCCUUCAUCAUUCAGUUCCUAAAAAUGCAGGGACCAUAUCGUGCCAUGGUCUGAUGCCGAUCGGAUUGUCCAAUACACUGUACAAAAUACAAACUGCAUUAAUGUUGUAAUUGUCUGUAUAUGUAUAUAUAAUAUAAUAUAAUAUAUGUGGUUUAUAUUAUAUUAUAUAUAUAUAAAUAUAUAAAUAAUAUAAAAAGGCAAAUUUAAGACUGCAUUAUGUGUUUCUGCUAAUAGAGGAAUCAUAGCCAUUUAGAUUUUUUUUAUUCUGUAAAAAUGCUUGUCUAAGUUUUCUUUGCUGAAUUUGAUGGAAGUUGUCUGAAUAAUCUGGAAAUGCCAGUUCAUUUGAAGCAAUUGCCAAUGAACUCAAAGUUUAAAUUUAAGGGACAAAAAUAGUUUUGCUUAGAUUUACUUCCAGUUAAGAGACAUGUAUACCCUUUAUAUAAUGAACUUUUCUGUUUUCCUCCCUUUUUUUUGUGUCAAAACCUGAAAGGGUUAUGUGUCCUGAGGUUGGGAUUUUCUCUUAACUUAUUUUGAGAUUUGAAGAAAAUGGUGUUUUUAUAUUGUUUACAGUCAGAGUAAAUCACUGGAUUCUGUUUUAUUCUGAUUUGCUCUGUUUUAAUCAAUCAUAUCUAGAAUUUAUAUGCCUCUGCUGAUGAAUUUUUAUCAACUGGUUUGUAUGUUAAAAACAUGUGCUCAUCAGAACAACUGGCAGGUGGAAAGGAUGCAGUCAAAAUGAAAGUAAAAGAAAAGAAAAAAAAAAGCUUGAAUUCUUUUUAAGUCUUGCUUCCCUGAGUUAUCAGUUGCAGGCAUAACAUAUCUGAACUGAGCCUUUUGUGGGUGGUCUUUUCUAGCACAAGUGAACCUUCUCAGAUUGGUAAGAACGAUGAGUAUACUCAGAGUGGUUUUCAUUUUGUGAAGUAACGAGUCCAUGAGGUCUAACAGUACAGUUAAGUGGCAAGGAAAUAAUAUAUUAUGUACAUUUUUAUUACAAUGUUGAGUCAUAAACUACAACAGGCAAUUUUAAGGAUUCCUUAUAGUCCUUGUACAAUAAAUGAAUGUGUCUUACUUUUAAACACUGCAAUAUAUGUAAGUUUUAAGGUUGGUUAACAAUGUACUAUGGUUUUAUAUCUUGACUUGCCUUGUACCUCCUUCCAUGAUGGAACUUCUGUGUCCAAGCACAAUAUCUUCACACUGUGCUGUUUUGCUGCUGAACUAAAUGCACUUUUCCCCACAGCUGGGGCACUUGCUUCAAAAUAUUCAGUUCAGUAUCUUGAUUAUUCUUUUUUAACUUCAUCCUAUCUGUUUCAGUAUUAAACCAAUCUGUUAAAAAAGAGGCACCUUUUUCCUUUGUGCAUACGUGUUGGUAGCUCAAGAGAAACACUGUAAGUGGUGGACAUUCAGUUUUAUCAUGACUUUCUUGGUUGUUUGAAAGGCAGAAGAUGCUUCAGGGAGAUUUACACUAUCGCUGCACUUGUAGGACCAGUUGUCCUUUUUCAGGAGGGUAGGAACUUGAGACGGUUGCAUUCCAUGGGUACUCAAGAACUGUCCUGUUGAUAUUCAAUGGAAUUGCUGCUGGGGUAGUGUGACUUAGAGGACUGUACCUUUUGAACAAAAUCAAAUCAACCAAUACCAUGGCAAAUGUAUUUCACAUGCAGAAGUUUGAGGGAUAUUACUUCUUGCUUUCAGGCAUACUUACUUACACGCAUUGCCUUGAUUUAUCUGCAUCCUGUUUUGUUGUAUAUCUUUUCAUUAACAAGGAAUAAGUUUAAAUGGAAGGCAGGUGGAGAUAUAAAACCUUAGAGGGCUUAAACAUGCUGUAAAACUAUUGUAGAUGUCACUGGAUUUUACUAAGUAAUGUUCUGUUCUUUCUCACUCUGUCUCUCCGUGUCCCUCCCCCCCCUUUUGUUUUUACAUCUACUGUAGCUUUUCAGUUUAGACUUUAGUUUAUAAAAGGCUAGUUCCUUACAGUUCUACCUGAAGUUAAUCUUUCUCAGCGUUAAGGUUUUAAAGUAUGAAGAUGCUGAAAUGCUUACUCUGAAGACUGUAUUCUAACUUCUGAAUAUACUGCUAAAUCCGUUUUUGUGCCCUCAGGUCACUAGGGGAAACUGGUUUGAGUAAUACGGUUCCUUCAAACAAAAGUAGCGACCCCUUGUGUUUUCAGGCAUCGUGGUCUCGUUUCCUGUCUGCUCCUCGAUCCCAAUUUUAUAAGAGUUGAUGGGAUUUAAUUUGUUUAGUUUGUAAAUAUGUUGAUUAUUCACCUUGUUAAGGUACACGGUUAAUGACUGUAUGAUUGGAGCUGACCCCCUCCCACAUAAAUUCUUGUGGAGAACUCAGCUACCAAAAUAGUGCUCGUUACACUCUCUUUAAAACAAACUAUUCUUUUCGUUACACUUAUAGGAAUAAAUAAAGCUAUGUUUUAAUUCA